AUAAAUUCUUUUAUAAAAUUUACCUAUUAAUUAUUAAUUUGUUUUUCAGGAUGUGGUGGUUACUGUGGAUGCUUUGGUGGUGUGGCACCUCAGCAGUUCCAGCCCCCGGGCCAGAUCCUUGGAAAUGUCCCGAAAUUUCACAUCCGCCUAUUGUAGAAUGCAGUUGCGACAUGCCCCACACUUUACGGUGUACAGGAGAUAGCACCGCUAUGGAAAUAAUUGGAAGAAGAUUAAAAGAUUUAGAUACCGCUUACGUUUCCUUAUUAGAUUGUACAGUACAAAACUUUACGAAAUUGCCAGGUCUUCUAUUAAAAGGAGUCGCCUUGCAUGGUCUAGUCAUUUCAUCUGGUGAAAUAUCAGAAAUUCAUCGUUCGGCAUUUGAAGGUCUUUCAGCGCCGCUUCAAGCAUUAGGUUUACCCAAUAAUCAAUUAACAACCGUACCAACGGAAGCGUUAAAAUCACUACCGGAAUUGGAUCGACUUGAUUUAUCUGGAAAUCGACUUCGUGUGUUAUCGGAAACGUCAUUCUACGGGUUAAAAAAUCUUUCGUUCAUCGAACUUAGCAAUAACAUAAUAUGGAAAAUACAUCCAGAUUGUUUUAAUAAACGUUUUUUACCGCAAUUAAGAACGUUGCGAUUACGAAAUAACAAAUUGAAUAUAACAUCGAUUUCGUAUUUAUCGUCGUUUGAAAUUUUGGAGGAAUUAGAUUUGUCCAAUAAUAAUUUAAUUGGACCGCUUAAAUUGGACACAUUUCCCAACAUGGAUUUAAUACGUGAUUUACAAUUAUCACAUAAUAGUUUUAGUAGCAUAAAAAUGGGAGCUUUAAAAAAAUUUUAUAACUUAAAAAUUUUAUCCUUACAUCAUAAUCAAAUUGAUGUUUUAGAAGAUCACGCUUUCGUUAAUUUAACGAAUUUAACAAAUCUAGACUUAGCACAUAAUCGAAUUGUAGCCGUUUCCGGAGCUUCAUUAGCACAUUUAACAAAUUUAAUCGAUUUAGAUUUACGACAUAAUUUUUUAAGAGCUUUAACGGCUGAUGUAAUUAUCCCAUUAAGACGAUUGGAAACGUUAAAACUUGAUGAAAACGAUAUUUCAAUAAUCGCAAGCGAUGCGUUACGCGCAACAACAGUUUUAAAACGAUUAUCAUUAUCCGAUAAUCCAUUAAACUGCGAUUGUAGUUUGGUCGAGUUCGCUGCGUGGCUAUCAAAUUCAACGUUAAAACAAGAAGAUAAAGAAAGCGCAAUUUGUACAACUCCUCCUUCAUUAGAAAACGCGUUAUUAAUUGAUAUUAAUUUAAAAGAUUUAUUAUGCGGCGAAGAAGAAGAGAAUCAAAGUCCGAUUAAAAUAAAAAUUAAUCUCGAAAAUUACAUAUUUAAUGGCGAAGAAAUUUUUUUGCAAUGGUUUAUUGAGGAAAAAGCAGCCCCUUAUUCGUGUGACGCAAUUUUUGUUUACGAAGAUGAAGGUGACAACGAAGUAUUAUUAGAAUCAAACGAUUUAAAAUGUAACUCAACGAAUAUGUUAGAUUCGAGAUUUUUAAAUGUUACAGUUCCAAAUGUAAAAAAUUUAAUUCAAAAUCAUAAAUAUCGUUAUUGUGUUGUUUUAAUUGGAUCACCCCAAAAUACCGAUGAGUUAUCAUUAAUUUUGGGUUGCUCCGAAAUAAUUCCUUUAAUUAAAAACGUCAAUGUAAAUCCAACCUUGCAUCAAGAACUUUACAAAAAUCAACACAUAUCACCGAAAGUGAUUGGAAUCGACGCUAAUUUUACAUCAAUUGGAAAUUUGGCUAUAAACGUCAAUAUACAACCAAUUAAAAAUCAAAAACAAUGCGAAUUAAACAUCGUAAUUUUCGAAUUAGAUGAUUUUAAUGUUUUAUUUCAACAUAAAAUAAAUUGUAGUAGCCCGAAAUAUACUUUUUCGGGUCUACAAGAUAAUUCUUAUAAAAUUUGCGUUAAUAUCAUAUAUAAUUCAUCACCUUCAUUGUUUAUCGAACGAUUAAAUCAACAAAAUAAACAAAAACAGAGUUGUGUGACAGUUUUUAAAGAAGAAAUUAAAAACAGGAAGAUUUCAACUUUAGACGUUGCUUUUGUGACUUCAUUUUUAGUUUUAACGUUUACUGUUUUGGUGAUAAUUUGGGCGGUAAGAAAAAUAUUAUUGCGACCGAAAUUGCAUCAUCAUCAUCAUCACCAAACGCAUCAUCAAUGUUUUUUACCACCGCCCGAUUUGGAUGAACAGCAAAGGCAGCACAAUCGAUACGUUAAACUUCAAGCGACAACAAAACUGUAAAACGAAUUUAAAGAAAAAUGAAAUUAAUGAGUGUAAAGAAACUUAGUGAUGUCUUUUAUGGAUUUUAUGGUGAACUUUGAACUUAUUUUUGAUUGUUUUUUUUUAUAAUUAUUAAAUUUGUGCCAUAUACGCGAAUUUAUCUGUUUUUUCGAAUUUUAUUGUUUUUUAAAAAUGUUUUUAUGAUUGUAAAUUAUGUAAUAUAAAAUUUUUUAAUGCUGACUAACUUUAAUAACUUAUAAUUUAACUUUUUAUUGCGAGAUAUGACAUGAAUGUGGAUGUCAUGUUCACGUUCGUUUUCGAUUUCGCGGAAUUAUAUCAUGUAUUAACAGAAGAAAUGCUGAUAGUCUGUGUGGUUUAUUAUGAAUAAAUAUUUUUUCUUGUAUAUAUUAGUUUUUUAAGAUGCAUAUUGUAUCUAAAACUUAAAUUUUAAAUAACGGUGCUAACUUCAAAUUCAAAAUUGCGUCUUUUUUAACAACAUCAAUCACACACAAAUUAAUCCAGUCAAAUAAACACUGAAAUUAAUGA